AUGCCCAGGUUCUUCAAGCGCAUCUUCAGUGAUGCUUUGUUCCGGAGAGAGCCGGAUGUCAGCGACAUGCAGCGAUCGCGGCGCGUGCUGGUAAGGAGCUCAGGAGGCAUGGCGGAAGAGUCUUCGAACUGGAGGUCAUCGCUUUUCGAUGUUCAAUGUCAGGAUGAAGAGCGUCGUGGGUUAAGGGAUGGGGCAAGUGUAGCCGGUAGCGACAUGCAUGCCGCCGAACGACCUAUUCUAGCACCGAGCCACGAGCAAAUACCAGUGCGUAAGCCAAGUCGUGUUCGGAGAAGACUGAGCAAGAGGCAUCGGAGGCCUGCUUGA